AUGCCAACUCUAUCGUAUGGGCUCAAUUUGACAAAGAAGCCCGGCAGUGGCGGAGCGCCUUCCAGACCGUCCGGGCCUGUGAAGAAAAAGCCCGUAUUCGGUGGCGACUCCGACUCUGAAGACGAAAGCUCCAAGGCGCAGAAUGUCAACAAUACCGAAGAAAUUGGCGGCGGGAUCCUCGGAGAUGACGACUUUAACACUUCCUCCAAACCUUCAUCUGGAGGAAUUUCCAAACCGAAACCUAAAAUGGACUUCAAAGCCGCACCCGCCAAACCCGCCGCAAAACCAAAGCCCAAAUCCGCCAUAACUCCCUUUGGAGACCUUUCAACCGCCCAUAGCACGCGGAAACAUGCUGAAUCUGCUGUGGAAUUAGACCCUAGUAUCUACGACUACGAUGGCGUCUACGACCAACUACACAGUGCGACAGAAGCAAAGAAGGAGGCACAAAAGGCGGACGCUGAGCAGCGCAAACCGAAAUACAUGGGCAAUUUACUCGCUGCUGCGGAGGUGCGAAAGCGAGACCAGCUGCGGGCAAAGGAGAAAAUGUUAGCCAAAGAGCGUGAAGAGGAAGGCGACGAAUUUGCCGACAAGGAAAAGUUUGUGACGGGUGCAUACAAGGCGCAGCAGGAAGAAAUGCGGAAACUCGAAGAAGAAGAGCGUCUGCGUGAAGAGGAGGAAUCAAAACGCCGCUCAGGCGGCCAAGGCAUGAUGGGAUUCUACAAGGACAUGCUAGCGCGAGACGACAAGCGGCAUGAAGAAAUCUUGACUGCGGCAGAAGAAGCUAGAGCAAAUGCCAAGGAUGCCGGUACCGCUGGUCAGAAGGACAACCCUGGCGAAGAGGAAGAGGAAAAUAAAAAGGAUAAAAACGAGGCCGAGGUCGCGAGCGAGCUGAAAGCGCGUGGAGUCGUUGUUAACGAAGAAGGCCAAGUCGUGGAUAAACGCCAGCUGCUAUCCGCCGGUCUCAAUGUCAAGCCCAAACCGAAACCCGCUGCUGCGCCCGUAUCCGGACCAGCGUCAAGGGUACCGGGUGGUCCGCCAGGCGGUGGCUACGCUGGUGGUCGCGGCGGAGUAGGCGUUGGUGGAGGUCAGCGAGCUAUGCGCGAGCGCCAGUCUCGUAUGCUGGAAGCCCAGCUGGAGCAAGCUUCGAAACGCGCUGCGGAUGAUGAAGAUGAUCGUCAACAGGAGCUUGAACGUGCGGCCAAGUCUCGGAAGACCGAGGGUGAUAUUAGUAGCGCCAAGGAGCGCUACCUGCAGCGCAAGAGGGAAGCUGCUGCUGCUGCCGCCGCAGCAGGGAAGCCGUGA